GGAAGGGGAGAGCUGUGAAGAUGGCGGCAGUGGUGGAGGUGGAGGUUGGAGCCGGUGCUGCCGGGGAACGGGAGCUGGAUGAGGCAUUUAACAACGGGUGUAUUCAGUGACCAGUGGUCCUUGAAGGAAAUCACUAGGAGGAAGGAGACAUUGAGUUUGAAGGGAAUGAAGGGACAGCGCUGAGAAGCAGAGAGAGAAGGUGGAUAUGUCAGAACUCUCUCCAGAGGAGCAAUGGAAGGUUGAGCACGCACGCAUGCAUGCCAAGCAUCGCGGCCACGAAGCCAUGCAUGCUGAAAUGGUCCUCAUCCUUAUUGCUACCUUGGUGGUGGCCCAGCUGCUCCUGGUGCAGUGGAAACAGAGACAUCCCCGCUCCUACAAUAUGGUGACCCUCUUUCAGAUGUGGGUUGUUCCCCUCUAUUUCACAGUGAAGCUGCACUGGUGGAGGUUUCUCGUGAUCUGGAUCUUGUUCUCCGCUGUCACAGCCUUUGUCACCUUCCGAGCCACCCGAAAACCACUAGUCCAGACAACCCCAAGGUUGGUGUAUAAGUGGUUCCUGCUGGUCUAUAAGAUCAGCUACGCCACUGGCAUUGCUGGCUACAUGGCUGUUAUGUUUACCCUCUUUGGUCUUAACUUGUUAUUCAAGAUCAAACCUGAAGAUGCCAUGGACUUUGGCAUUUCUCUCCUCUUCUAUGGCCUCUACUAUGGUGUUCUUGAGCGGGACUUUGCAGAAAUGUGUGCAGACUACAUGGCAUCGACCAUAGGGUUCUACAGCGAGUCGGGCAUGCCCACCAAGCACCUCUCGGACAGUGUGUGUGCCGUGUGUGGGCAGCAGAUCUUUGUGGAUGUCAGUGAAGAGGGCAUCAUCGAGAACACAUAUAGGCUGUCUUGCAAUCACGUAUUCCACGAGUUCUGCAUCCGCGGCUGGUGCAUCGUGGGAAAGAAGCAGACGUGUCCCUACUGCAAAGAGAAGGUAGACCUCAAGAGGAUGUUCAGCAACCCCUGGGAGAGGCCUCAUGUCAUGUACGGGCAACUGCUGGACUGGCUUCGGUACUUGGUAGCGUGGCAGCCUGUCAUCAUUGGCCUGGUGCAAGGCAUCAACUAUAUUCUGGGCCUGGAAUAGUCAGGAAGAAGAACAUCCACCCACCAUGGACCUCAGGGCACUCUCCUCCCUGCCCUCCAAGACCUCCUGGGUGGGAAAGACUCAGAGGGGCACUGGGCCACUCAGGACUCCACCGGCUGUGUCCGGGCUGGGGAGGGAGGUGAUGGAGAGCCAGCCAGUGGGGCUGUCAGCAGUGGGGGCUUUUUAAAAGAAAACUAUUUUGAUGAA